AUGGAGCUGGUACCUUACUCCAACAUUGUUGGCAACAUGAUGUACAUGAUGAUUUGUACACGGCCGGAUAUUGCCCAUGCUAUCAGCACCACAAGUAGAUACAUGGCUGGUUUUAGAAGACAACAUUGGAGUGCUUUGAGGUGGUGUUUGAGGUAUCUGAAGGGAGCUGACAAGCUUGGUAUAUUGUUCACAAGAGCAGGUGGAGCAGAGAAAGAGCCUCUUGUUGGUUUCUGCGAUUCAGACUAUGCAGCCAAUCUUGACACAAGAAGGUCCCAAACAGGAUAUGUCUUCACUCUAUUUGGGUCAGCUGUGUGUUGGAAGUCAAGUUUGCAGAAUGUAGCAGCUUUAUCGACCACGGAGGCUGAAUACAUAACGCUCACUUCGGCUGUCAAGGAGAGCAAGUGGUUGAUGGGGCUGAUUUCUGAUUUUGGCAUCAAGCAAGAUGGAGUAGCAAUGCAUUGUGACAACAAUGGAGCUAUUUGCCUAGCAAGGCAUCAGAUGUUCCAUGAGCGUAGUAAGCACAUAGAUGUGCGACUACACUUCAUCAGAGAUGAGGUUGAGAGUGGGAGGGUUCGUGUGGUAAAGAUUGACACCGCACACAACCCGGCCGAUAUGCUAACAAAGCCCCUCAGUAAAGAAAAGUUUGAAUAUUGUUGUCGAUUGAUAAAUAUACUGCUGAUUUUUGAGAUGGUUGCUGGAUCACCCAAGGUGGAGAUUGUUAGAGUUUGUGGCUGA